AUGAUAGAUGAAAAGAAGAGGAAGAGAAUGAUAUCAAACCGUGAAUCAGCCAAACGAUCAAGGAUGAAGCGUGAGCAGCACGUUAAAGACCUGAACGAUCAGAUCAUGUAUUUCACGAACAAACGCAGUGAAAUGAUUCUUAAGAUCGGUGAAAUUACGCCACUUUAUGAGAGCAUUGAAUCGGAGAACAGAAUAUUGAGAUUGCAGCGUGAAGGACUGAGAAAAAGGCUCGAGUCUUUGGAUAUUGUUUCUAGGUUUAUGUGUGAGCCAAAUGAGCCUUUAUUGGGGGAUUUUGGAAGAUCCCUUCCUCACCAUGGCAGCCUCCUUUCCAGUCUCGGCCUAUAA